GAACUGACCUUAAAAAAAAAGGGAAGAAAAAAAGGAAAAAGAAAAAGAAAAAGAAAAAGAAAAAAGCUAAAAGAAGACUAACGAGAAACACCGUUUUUUUACAACUAAAAACCAAAUAAGAGAUAUCUAAACACAAAAAACACACACAUGUUUGCAGACAUAUAUUGAGGGACAAGAAUCUAUCAACCCUUGGUUUUUAUGUGCUUUAUUAUUCCACAAAGAUUUUGUAAUUGGGUAUUGAUUAUUUUGGUGAUAUAGUUAGUAGUUGCAUUAAUAAUGGGGAGAGGGAGGCCUAGGGCUGUAGAAUUAGGGCAAAAUACAAGUGCAUCCCCAAUUGGGUUAUUGAAUAUACCACCUGGGCCAGUGUAUUAUCCAACUGAGGAAGAAUUUAAGGACCCUUUAGAGUUUAUUUACAAGAUCAGGCCAGAGGCUGAGAAAUAUGGCAUUUGCAAAAUUAUCCCACCAAAGAGUUGGAAACCCCCUUUUGCAUUGGAUUUGAAUGCCUUCACAUUUCCGACGAAAACGCAAGCGAUUCAUCAGUUACAGGCUCGGUGCGCGUCUUGUGAUCCGAAGACCUUUGAAUUAGAGUACUAUAGGUUCCUAGAGGAGCAUUGUGGGAAGAAGGCCGCGAAGAAACGUGUUGUGUUUGAGGGGGAGGAGCUUAAUUUGUGUAAGUUGUUUAAUUCCGUCAAGCGGCUUGGAGGGUAUGAUAAAGUGGCGAAGGAAAAGAAGUGGGGCGAGGUUUUUAGGUUCGUACGGCCUGCUGGGAAGAUUUCGGAGUGCGCCAAGCAUGUGUUAUGUCAGUUGUACCUGGAACAUUUGUGUGAUUAUGAAGAGUACUAUAAUAAGUUAAAUAAGAUGAGAAAUAAAAGUUACAGGAGAGGAAAUGGAAGUGAGAGAAAAAGGGAGUCAGACUCCCAAUUCUCAAGUUCUAAGAGAAGGAGAAAGAAUAGUGAGUGUGAUCUAACUGAAACGUGUAAGACGAAGGAGGAAGAACACGACCAAAUAUGCGAACAAUGCAAAAGUGGAUUGCACGGGGAGGUGAUGCUUCUCUGUGAUCGGUGCAAUAAAGGGUGGCAUAUUUACUGUUUAUCACCACCUCUGAAACAAAUUCCACCUGGGAACUGGUAUUGCUUGCAAUGCUUGAAUUCUGAAAAGGAUUGCUUCGGUUUUGCACCUGGUAGAGACUUAACAUUGGACGCAUUUAGGCGCACUGCUGAUCGUGCCAGGAAAAAAUGGUUUGGCUCCGCAUCUAUUACAAAAGUGGAAUUAGAAAAGAAGUUCUGGGAAAUUGUGGAGGGAUCAGCUGGGGAGGUUGAAGUGAAGUAUGGCAGUGACUUGGAUACUUCCAUCUAUGGUAGUGGAUUUCCACGUGUAACCGACGAAAAACUAUCAUCAGUUGAACAAGGUACAUGGGAUGAAUAUAGUGCUAGCCCAUGGAAUCUCAAUAACUUACCGAAGUUGCCAGGUUCGAUGCUUCGAGCUGUACAUCAUAGCAUUGCUGGUGUUAUGGUGCCUUGGCUGUAUAUUGGAAUGCUAUUCUCUUCAUUCUGCUGGCAUUUUGAAGACCACUGCUUUUACUCCAUGAAUUAUCUUCACUGGGGAGAGCCGAAAUGUUGGUAUAGUGUUCCUGGAAAUGAAGCCCAAGCUUUUGAGAAGGUAAUGCGUAAUAGCCUUCCCGAUCUGUUUGAUGCGCAACCAGAUCUGCUAUUUCAGCUUGUAACCAUGCUGAAUCCACGCGUGUUGCAAGAAAAUGGGGUUCCUGUUUAUAAUGUAGUACAGGAGCCUGGGGACUUCAUUAUUACCUUUCCCAGAUCGUAUCACGGAGGCUUCAACUUCGGCUUAAAUUGUGCUGAGGCUGUCAAUUUUGCCCCUGCCGACUGGUUACCUCAUGGUGGAUUUGGAGCAGAUCUUUACCAGCUUUAUCGCAAACCUGCUGUUUUGUCUCAUGAAGAACUGCUCUGUGCAGUAGCGAGGAGCGAAUUUGACAGCAAGGCAGCACCUUACUUAAAAACAGAACUGGCCAGGGUCUAUUCUAGAGAAAAGUCUUGGAGAGAGCGGCUUUGGAAAAAUGGCAUUGUUAAUUCUUCUGCCAUGCCACCUCGUCUGAAGCCUGAAUAUGUGGGCACGGAGGAGGAUCCUACAUGCAUCAUAUGCCAGCAAUAUUUGUAUCUUUCUGCUGUAGUAUGCAGCUGUGCACCAUCAUCUUUUGUUUGUCUUGAGCACUGGGAACAUUUGUGUGAAUGUAAGCCACAAAAGCGUCGACUCCUUUAUCGUCAUACGCUGGCUGAAUUGAAUGAUUGGGUGCUUACUACUGAUAAGGGUAAUCAUGAAGAGGCUGCAAAAAACUUCAGAAAGCAACUUCUAUCUUCCAACGAUCCACCUGCUUUGUCAAAAAAGGUAAAAGGUGGAUGUAUCACACACGUGCAGCUUGCUGAAAAAUGGCUGAUGAAGUUCAGUAAGCUUUUCCAGGAUCCUUAUUCUUCAGAUGCUUAUCAUCGUGCAUUGAAGGAAGCCGAACAGUUUAUGUGGGCUGGUCAUGAAAUGGAUCCAGUAAGAGAGUUGGUGAAGAAGUUGAUUGAAGCUCAGAGUUGGGCUCAAAAUGUUGAGGACUGUCUCUCUAAAGUAAAAUCUUGGAUGUCUGAUCGCAGUAGUGAUGUAAUGAAGGUGCAGAUGGAAGUUGUUAACAGUUUGCUCAGUUUAAACCCUGUACCCUGUAAUGAACCUGCACAUCUCAGAUUGAAGGAUUUCCAGAAAGAAGCGAGCCAGCUGACUCUGGAGAUUGAUUCUGUUCUUUCAUCAUGCUCAAAUAUUCUUGUAUCUGAUUUGGAGGCCUUGUACUCCAAGACUGUAGAUUGCCCCAUCUACAUCGAAAAAUGUGAAGAAUUGUUGAACAAGUUGUCGGCAGUUAAGGCUUGGGCUGAAAGAGUAAGAAAAUGCUUGUCUGAGACUUCUGCAAGAGUUGAGGCAGAUAUUGUCUACAAAUUAGAGAAGGAGAGUUUAAGCCUUCAAGUGCAACUUCCUGAAGGUGAAAUGCUCCUAGAUUUAGUUAGACAAGUUGAAUGUUGUCAAUCUCAGUGCCGUGAGAUGUUGGAAGGUUCUCUCAGUCUCAAGGAACUUGAAUUGCUUCUCAACAAAUGGGAUGGUUUGGCGGUUAAUAUUACAGAGCUUGAACUUCUAAGACAAUAUCAUAAAGAUGCUGUGUCUUGGAUAGCGCGUGCUAAUCAUGCUCUAUUGGGCAUCAGCGAUAGGGAGGAUCAAGAAACUGUAUUUGACGAGUUAACUUGCCUUCUAAAGGAUGCGUCGUUGCUUAGAGUUAAAGUGGAGGAGGUGCCUUGUUUGGAUGUUGAGCUAAAGAAGGCUGGUUGUAGGGUAAAAGCUCUGAAGGCACUUCGUUGCAAAAUGUCCAUGGAUUAUAUUGAGCAGCUGUUGAUGGAGGCUAGCAUAUUGCAGAUUGAGAAAGAGAAGUUGUUUGCUGAUGUUUCUGAGGUAAAAGCGAAUGCUGUAGCUUGGGAGGAAAGUGCCAGGCGCGUCCUUGUAAGCAAGGAACACAUAUCUGAAUUUGAGGAUGUUAUAAGGGCUUCCGAGGAGAUAUUUGUGAUUCUUCCUUCACUUGACGAAGUCAAGGAUGCGGUAUCAAUUGCGAAGUCUUGGUUAUCUAGGUCACAGCCCUUUUUAUCACGUGACUCCAUGGCACUUGGUUCAAGUCCUCUUGAAGUAGAGACUUUGAAGGAAUUGGUAUCAGACUCUAAGCUUUUGAAGCUAUCUUUGAGAGAACAACUGAUGAUUCAAUCAUUGCUUGAUACUUGCACCAGGUGGGAGCAGGAUGCCUGCUCUGUGUUGUAUGAUACAGAGUGUCUGUUGAAUGUCGAAAAUAUAGGUGAUGAAAUAUUGACCAGACAUGGCAAAAUUGAAAAGCAAAUACAAGCCAUAGACUCGGUUGUAGAAGCAGGUCAAGGUCUUGGUUUCAAGUUUGAUUUGGUUCCUAAACUUCAAGAUGCUUGUUAUACACUUCGUUGGUGCUUUAAGGCUCUAUCUUUUGCUACUGCAAUUCCAACACUUGAGGAAGUCGAGACAAAUGUGGAAAUUGCAAGCCACCUUCCUAUGGUGUAUACCACUUGCAAUUUGUGUAGUGCCUUAAUUGAUUGGGUAAAUUGGCUUAAGAGAGCUUUGGAAGUCUCCAUCCAAUCUACUCGUAGAAGAUCAAAUUUAAGUGAUGCUGAAGAAGUUCUCAUGCAGUAUCAGCUGCAGAACAUUCAUGUCUCAUCUCCUGUAAUGAUCAGUCAGCUUGAGACGGCUAUCGAGAAACACAUGUCAUGGGUGGAUCACGUGCAUUUAUUUUUCGCCCUCAACUUUAGGGAUCGAUCGUGGGAUCUAUUACUGCAGCUUAAGGAACAAGGGAGUAAUGAUGCCUUCAGUUGCACAGAACUAGAUAUGGUUUUCUCUGAGGUUCACACGAUAGAGGAGUGGAAGUGCCGUUGUAUGGGAGUCUUACAGGCUUCAGUUGAAGACGCUGACUUGCUUAGUGCGCUUCUACAGACUGAAAACUCACUUGAGAGAUCAAUCAGUAUUUGUGAGAAAUCUAAUCACUCCCAUAGCUUAUGUAUAUGCUGCUCACUUGAUGGUGCGAACCAGAAGCUUUUAACGUGUUCUACUUGCAAGGACUGCUUCCACUUGCAGUGCAUUGGAUUCUCAACCGGGGGCGCCAACGAUUCAGAAGUUUUUGUUUGCCCUUAUUGUCAAUUUAUGAACAGUGGAAAAAUAUCAAGAAAUGGAAGUGAUCCUCUGAAUAUUGGACGGAAGAAUCUCAAGUUGCACAAGCUGGUUGAGCUCUUAUCAGAUGCUGAAGAUCUAUGUUUAUGGAUUCAGGAAAGAGCUGUACUUCAUCAAAUUGCUCAGAAAGCUCUUGAUUUCAAAGCUCGGAUAGAAGAGAUUGUCGAGUUUGUUUUAGCUUAUCCAGAUAAAGACCUUAGCAUAAUUGCUAAAGAGUUCUGUGUUGCUUUGAAGGCUGUACAUGUUGUUGGUGCAUAUGAUUGCGAGGCAAACAGCAAACUUGAGUUGGCAUUAGCAAGAACUUCUUGGAAAAUCAGAGCUCAGAGAUUAUUAGACGGUUCUCAAAAACCCUCGAUUCAAGUGCUUCAACGGCAUUUAAAGGAGGGACUAGCUGUCGGCGUUCCUUCAGAAGAUUAUUUUAGACAGAGGCUGGCAGAAGCGAAGCACAUAGGUUUGCAGUGGGCCGAUAUGGCAAAGAGGGUUUCAACAGAUGGGGGCGCGCUUGGAUUGGAUAAGGUCUUUGAGAUCAUUACCGAGGGUGAAAAUUUACCUGUAUCGUGUGAAAAGGAGCUUAAGUUGCUAAGGGAUCGAAGUAUGCUUUAUUGCAUUUGUCGGAGACCCUAUGAUCAGAGACCGAUGAUCGCUUGUGAUAAAUGCGAUGAAUGGUAUCAUUUUGAUUGUAUCAAGUUAUCCUCACUGCCUAAGAUCUACAUCUGCCCUGCAUGUUGCAUGGAAGGUGAGGAUUUUGCAUCAAUAUCAGCAAGCGGCGAAGAGAAGGUUGUUGCUGGCAAACACGAGGUACCUCAAACGCCUUCUCCGCGACACAGAGAAGGAAGAAGGAAAUCAAGAAAACACAAAUGGGAGAGAGUGGUAGCUGUGGAUGUAUCAAGAAGUUGUAGUAACAUUGAACAUCUGUUUUGGAAAAAUAGGAAACCAUAUAGACGAGCAGCUCGUAGGCGAGAACAUUUUGAAAGCUUGUCUCCUUUCAUUUUUGUACAAAAUACUUGAUUAUGUGUAGAUACUCUUUUCCCUCUAUUUUAUUUAUUCAAAUUGAUUCUCAAUUA